CGCGUGCCGCCAUCUUCCUCUCUCGGGCGAGCGGCGGCGGCGGCAGCAACAUGGGCCACCAGCAGCUCUACUGGAGCCACCCCAGGAAGUUCGGACAGGGCUCCCGCUCCUGCCGCGUGUGCUCCAACCGCCACGGCCUCAUCCGCAAGUACGGCCUGAACAUGUGCCGGCAGUGCUUCCGCCAGUACGCCAAGGACAUCGGCUUUAUCAAGCUGGACUGAGCUCCAGAACAAUGAGGCUGUCGCCAGAAGCUCCCGGGGUAACCCGAGGUCUGCCCAACACAUCUACAGCAUCUCAGCACAGCCUUACUCAAUAAAUACUCUCUUCUUUAA